AUGGAGCUCAUGCUCGCUGCAAAAUCACGAUUAGGCGGCCGCGACUACAUUAACUUUUUGGAUGUUUUCGAAAGUUUCGCGUAUGGCCCGCUCAUGCACCUAAAACUCGGCCAGGUCUCCGCCAUCGUCGUCUCCUCCGCCACCCUCGCCAGUGAAGUCCUCAAGACCUUCGACAUCGCCUGCUGCUCCCGCCCCCACAAAGUUGCCACCUCCAAGCUCUCCUACGGCGGCUCUAAUAUCGCCUUCAUGCCCGACAGCGAGCGCUGGAGGCAGCUACGCAAGCUCUACACCGUCGAAUUCUUCAGCACCAGAAAGAUCAACUCUUUCACGUCCGUAAGGGAAGAUGAGAUCGCGAGGAUGGCGAGGCAUAUGCAUAUCUCUUCUUGGAUCUCGAGCUCCCUCGCCGUCAACGUGAGCGAGCUCGUCCUGUGCUUCUCCUGCAACACGACGUGCAGGACGGCCUUCGGUCGAGACAUCGCCGGCGACGACCUCAACGUUUACGACGUGCUCAGAGAAGCGCAGGAACUGGUGGCUAGCUUCUUCAUGGCAGACUACUUUCCCCUGCUCAGGUGGGUCGAUGUGGCAACGGGGAUGAAAUCUAGACUUCAGAAAUCGUUACUCGAGCUCGACGGCAUCUACCAGAAAUUCAUCGAUCGCCAUCUCGACACGAAGAGUCUAUCAGGAAGUGAAGAGAAUGAGGAUUUAUUGGAUGCAAUGGCGGAUCCAGACAAAAAAAAGGAAGAGAGUGCUCGAAGAAGGGAGCUGAAGCUUGUCUUCCUUUUCACUGCCCCUCGGACUGAUGGACAACUGACAGAGGAGAAUCUCAAAGCAGUUCUUGUGGUGACAAUUACUUUUCGUUUAGAUGUCGAAAAAAUUGUGUAA